AUGGCUUUGCGGCAUUCCAUCCUCGCCUUGUGCUUUGUUGCCCUGAUCGCCCUAGAUCACAAUUCCGGCCAGACCAAUGCCCAAUACCUCCAGAACUUCGACCGCAUCCGUCUCACAAACCCUGUGUCCAGGACCCAGUACGACGGCUAUAGAUACAAGGGCGUCAUUGACAACGGGCUUGCCUGGCGUAAUGUUAUCGACCUCAGCGAAAAAGAAACUAUCUAUCUCUACUACAACUGCCACUACAUGAACAACAUCUGCGACAACGUCAACAUCUUCCUGAACUCCUCCCGCGGCCAGAACCUCCACCCGGGCACCACCAUCCCCGCUAACCAGUUCACGUAUGACUUUGAUACCGGUGAUGAAAGCUGGACGCACCAGUCCGGCCGCAGGGAAAAGUCUUGUCCCUCAAACUGGGGUAUUAACAGGGGCUGCCCCGAGAAGAAGGGCCAGAAGCCGCCUUCCGCCAUGACGGCGAAUGGCAACAUUAUCAAGAGGUCCGGGAUGCGCUACACCUGCGACGAGUUCCCCCCCGCGACUUGGGUCGAGGGUGGCAGCGGCUGGGCUAACAACCAGCCUGCCAACACCCGUUGCGCUGGACAUGCCUGCUUCGAUCCCUUGGCUCCUGUCGUCAACGGCAAGCGCGUUUCCGUAAAGGCUGAGCAGGACUGGCAGGCUAGGACGCACAAGACGUUGCGUGACGUCCUUCUCGAACGUGCCGCAGUCCACAACAGAGAGUUUGAUUGGCACGAUCCCCUCAACCCGCAGAGAGAUACUGCCUUCUUUCGCUUCGCCGCCAUGGACCUCGGGGCUGACGGCAUCGCCGCCGUGGUCUUCAAGACCAACGAGAUCACUGGCGUGGGUGAAGAUCACCGAUUAAUCCCUCAGGCGAGGAGGCGCGGGCUCAAUUCCACCACCAGAGACCAGAACGAAAACCCGAACGAGCCGACGCGCGUGCCCAGGUCAAGGUACGGGCCCAGCUUUAAAGGGGCUCUGAAGCGCAUGCGCGCCGGUCAUUAUCGCGUAGUCGAAAACAUUCCGGCCGAAUUCAAUGACUCCUUCGUGACAACCGAGCCGGCUUUUGGGGACAUGGCUGAUUCGGGGAUGCGGGCUGCUGGCUCGGCCAACCUCAACACCAACAAUAAAACGUCGCGGCGCUUCGAGACGCUGAAACGGCAAGGAAAAAAAAGGUGUCGGCAGCUUUUCUUAAGCGCGCAAAGCCUCUACUCAGCGCGGCCUCAUCGAGUGAUCUCGACAAAGCCCGUGGGAUCGUGGAAACUGCCAUCGCGGCCUCGGCCAAGCUCAACAAGGCUCGACUGGAAAGCCCGCUGCGCAACCAAUACAGGCUCAAGCCCGGUACCGUCAUCGGUGGAGCGACUGUGGACGAGAGUCGCAACGCCCGCCGCACUCCUGGCCGAGGCUGAGGCCGAGAUGCCCCAGGACGGUAUUGCGCCCCCCAGCAGUAAUAUCACACGCCGCGCCGCCGCUGGCUCGUACUGGAUGGAGUCCAUCGCCCGCAAAGGCGUCGUUCCCUGGGGUGAUGACCCCUCCUAUACUGUGUUCCGCAACGUGCUCGACUACGGCGCCACCGGCAACGGCGUGACUGAUGAUACCGCCGCCAUCAAGCGGGCCAUGAACGAUGGCCGGCGUUGCGGCGAGAAGUGCAACGGAUCGACAGUCAAGAACGCCAUCGUCUACUUCCCACCCGGAACGUACCUCAUCUCCAGCACAGUGCCUCUUCCCUUCGGCACGCAGGUCAUCGGCGAUGCCAUCAACCGCCCAGUGCUGGUCGCCUCCAAGUCCUUCAUCGGUCUCGGGGUGCUUUCGACGGACGAGUACACCGGCGGCGGGACUGGUCCCGACGGGCACGACCAGCAGUGGUAUGUCAACACGGCCAAUUUCUACCGCCAGAUCCGCAACGUCAUCAUCGACGUCCGCCCAGCGCCGCCCUCGGAAGAGGCGGCAUGCCUACACUACCAGGUCGCCCAGGCCACCAGUAUGCAGAACGUCGAGCUGCGGGCCGGUGCGGGACAGAAGGGCCUCUUCGCCGAAAAUGGCAGUGGCGGCGGCAUUUCCGACGUCACGUUUGUAGGUGGUGACAUCUGUCUAUACGGCGGCGAGCAACAGUUCACCGCCCAGCGGCUUGUCUUCAGUGGUUGCGACGUUGGUGUUCAGGUCAUUUGGGACUGGGGUUGGGUGUGGAAGUCGAUAACCAUGACCGGUGUUAAGACAGGCUUCAAGUUUGUGCCUGACUAUCCCGACGGCAGCAUUGGGUCAUCGCUGAUUAUGGACUCGUCCUUCACAAACGUCGGUACUGUCGUCGUCAUUCAGCCGCCGUCAUCCGAAGCCGGCUCCGGAAGCACCGGCCUCGUGCUCGAGAACAUCGCCAUGUCAGGUGUCACCACUGCCGUCGCCGACACUACUGGCCGCUCCCUGCUGGCCGCGUCGACUAGGCUUGACGAGUGGGUGCUGGGCCCCGUAUACUCGAGCUCAGCCGCCGCUGGUGCUCGCUCCUUCUCACCUGGCGGCAAAAUCGGCAAUUACCGCAGAGAUAGCGCGCUGCUGGACGCGCAGGGUGCCUGUUAUGAGCGCCCCAAGCCGCAAUACGAGGGCCGUGGCGUGAGCGACUUCCUCCACGUUAGGGACUUUGGCGCUACGGGCGACGGUGCAACGGACGACACGGCUGCCUUCCAGCUGGCCGUCGAUUCCAGCCAGGGCAGCAUCUUGUUCGUCGACGCCGGCUCGUAUAUUCUGACGGGGGCUGUGACAGUACCAGCUGGCGUCAAGAUGGUUGGCGAGACGUGGUCGCAGCUCGUGGCCCGAGGCCCAGCCUUUUCCGACGAGAGCAAGCCCACCCCAAUGCUCCGGUGGGCCGCCCCGGCCAGAUCGGCAAUGUCGAGAUCUGGCGCCGUGCUCGUUGAGUGGAACAUGGCUGCUGACGCAAAAGGGUCGGCGGCCCUCUGGGACUGCCACGUCCGGGUUGGCGGUGCGACGGGCACCGACCUGACGCCCGCUGAGUGCCCGGCUCUGACAUCUGGCAUCGCCCCGGGCUGCACUGCCGCUAGUCUGAUGAUGCACAUCAAGCCAGGCGCAUCGGGAUACUUCGAGAAUAUGUGGCCGUGGGUAGCUGACCAUAUCAUCGAUGACCCAGACCUGGAAGACGGCAACAACACCAUGGUACAGAACUCGGUCUACGUUGCUCGCGGCCUGCUUGUCGAGAGCACUGAGCCCACAUGGCUUUAUGGCACGUCGUCGGAGCACGCAGUAAUGUACCAAUACAACUUUCACAAUGCCGCGAGCGUCUUCGCCGCCAUGAUCCAGACAGAGUCGCCUUACUACCAGCCAACUCCCACCCCGCCUGCUCCCUUCGCCAGCUCCGUCGGCCUCUUUCCCGGCGCCUCAGACUACUCCUGUGCCGCGAGCGAUGAGUUUAGCGGUUGCGAUGAGUCGUGGGCCGUCGUGAUGCGCGGCUGCGAGGACAUCGUCAUUGCUGGCGCUGGCCUCGUGAGAUGGGAGCAUCUUGUUACCAUCGGCGCCAAGUACACGGCUGUUAUGGACGGUAAGGGCAUUGCGGCUAAGGAUAACCUCAACGUUGAUGCACAUCCCUUCUGGUCGCAUAUAUCGCUGCUUGACGUUACCAGCGACGGCGAGCAGUACAAUGACGUCCUCUGGCUCGACCCGUCCAUUUGGGAUAUGGAACAGCCUGAGUUUUCUUGCGAGCCGCCGUGCCGAGUCAAGAUUCCACCAUACACAGGCGCGACUACUACCGUCAAUUACACGCUCAUGACUGUUAGCCAGGACGCGUGGACGAGUACUAUCACAGUACGGCCCAUGACGCUGUCCAAAUUGGGCUUCGAGGUGAUGACCAUCGGCGGCUCCAACGUGAAGAGGAACGUUGGCGGCCUGAACCGCCGAGCCUUUGAGGACUUUUGGCCCGCUCCCGCUACGACUGCCGCUUGGCCCGUCGUCGUUUACAACGGCCCGGAUGGCAAAGAGUCAACGGCGAGCCCUAAGGCCCCCUACCCGACGCAGCCUCCGUCCAUCGAGCCCGGCUCGCCAUCGCCACAAAGCGGCGCCUGGCCGGCAAAGGCCUUGCGGCCGCGCAUGGCUGCCGCCGUGGAUCCCAACAAGGAGCUGAACGAUAGACUCAAGGACUGGAUGUGCCGCCAGGCGGCCGAGUCGCCCAGCUACUACGAUAUGGACAUGCUGGACUGCCCGGGCAUGGGCGGGAACAACAACGACUCGGGCGGCCAGAUGCCAAUGGGCGACGGCACUGGCUGGGAUGUCCCCAAGAUCUCAAACAACGGUACCAUGAGCCUGCCGGGGUUUUUUCCCUGGGGUUCAGUAUUGAGUGAGCCCGGGCGCAUGUGCGAACUGCCGCAGGAGUCAAAGACCACCACCACCAGGGCGCAGACAACGCAGCCUUCACAGCCUUCACAGCCCACGGCGAAGCCGCUGAACGGGGGGCGCAAGAUGAGCAACAUCCGGCUGCAGAAUGGCAUCAAUUCGUUCUGCAAGAACAUUGGCUCCGACGUGGGCGUCCAGGCACGCGACCUCGAGGGCAGGGCUACCGGACAGCUCCCGGGCGGCUACAAGAAGGAGUCUAUCAAGCCCUUUUCGGGCCAGGAGGAGAUUAGCUUCAGCUUCGAGGUGCUCGACGGCUGCUCGUGGACGUUUAACAUGGACGAGUGUACGCGGUACUUCAAGACGCCCGUCGAUAGCUGUAAUUGCGGCGGGGAGAAUGGUAAGCAGGGCGGUUAUGGGAAUAAUAACUGCCUUAGGUGGAAGACUGAUCCGAAUCGCUCGGCGUACUAG